CAUAAUGACGAUUUUCGAAACAAAUUGCCGGGAGAAUGUUGGAUGUAUCACGAAUCGCCGCGUAGUUGUAUUUUACUUUGGGUAUUUAACUUAACUAGUGCACAUAUAGAGUUCGUUGUCCUGAGAAGAACAUGGUGCAAGAGUUUCAUGUCCUCAGGUGUUUUUCCUGUCAGACGUUUCAAGUUCAUCAGGUGAAAAAGAGCAAAAAAUGGAGCUGCAAGAUGUGUGGAGAAAAGCAAUCGCUCGUAAAGGUGUACGGAAGGGGUUCAGGGGCAGAUUGCAGACGUCACGUCCAGAAGCUGAACUCCCUGCGCGGGGAGCUCCACGAGGCAGAGCAUGCGAGGUUCUCAUGGGAGCCGGAGGAUGAGGAGGAAGAACUCAAAGAGGAAGGCGAUGAAGCUCUGACCUGUGAAAACCAGCAGGGCGCGGCAGGCGCUGUAAGUCGCUGGAGCAAAUACCUGAGCGGAGCAGGUGGGGGGGCGGGGCCUGAGGAGGGGGAGGAUGAGGCGGCGGAGGAAGAGGAGAAUGUUUCCAUGGAGAGGAGCGCCUACCAUGGCAGCUGGCGCGGCUGCACCAGGAAGGCGGGGUACUGUGCCCGUUCUGCGCCGCCACUCCUCCUUUCAGCGGGCGUGGCUGCGGGUCACCUGACAGCAGGCCGCUUGCCUGAGGGCUUCGCUGCUGUUCCGCAGCUGCGUACUCUUUCGCUGCUGAAUGCUGCGCGCGGCAUCUGUUCAACUCGGGUUUUAUGCGUGUGGACCUUUUCACAAAGACGCUGUCACAGUGACGCUUUGCAGGAAAGAACAGGAAAUUGAACAAUUUGAGACCAAGCCUGAAACUUCCAAAAAAAACCAGCCAGGUUUAAAAAAAAAAAAAAAAAAAAGAAAAAAAACCCUGUGAGAGAAAAAAAAAAAGAAAAAAACAAUCAAAUGUUGGCGAGCCAAAAACUCCCCGUUGGGGAAAUCUGAGAGAGAGAGCAGUAGGUUGCAGUUCACUUUCUGCUUUCCCAUAUUCUGAUCAUCCAGACCCAUUGCUAGCAGUGGCUAGUACUACAGACACGGCUGACACACCAGGCCAAAAGAGACUACACUGACGUUUCUAAUGCUUUUUUGGUUCUCCUGCAUUUCAUUACAGCUGAACCCUCUGUGCCUGUUUGCCUUUCAGAAGGGUGUGAAUGGCAUGCUGCCAGUCAUGUAUAUACAGGUGUCACACCUGACAUCCAAUAUCACCUGACCAGACAUUUUCUUCGUGAGUGACAUGCUGAAGAAUAUUUUUUAAGGUCGUUGAUUAAGACUAGACACGCACACUCUGUUCCAUUGUGUGCCAAAAAUCAACCACACCCAAGUAUUUAGCAUGUGGUCUGAAACCUAGACUAGACUAAAUAUGGACAAAGUCACUGUGAUGUCACCCAUUGACUUUCUAUGGGCUUUGUGAAAAGUGUUUUCAAGCCUGUGGUGUGCAGUCUGUCUGUGGGCGCUGCCAUGUUGUACAAUUUGGAGCUAGAGGCUGCGCAGUAGGGAAAAGGGGGACUCUGAUUCGUUCACAAAAUAUUAAGAGGCCAGUAAGAAAACAGCUUGCCGAUUGGCUGCUUUAUGUGUGCGCUGAGUCCGCAAAGCUCAGCGAUUGGUUAUCGGUCGCCAACAGAAAGCGCAAGAGGAGCUGGGGUUUCUCGCUGCUGUCCGGGGAGUCUGCUCGUGCCGAGCGCGGCAGGGUCGACCAAAGUGCAGUUGAGGACCCUUGGCACAGAGCCAAGCAGAGCACGCAGCCUGAAGGGAAGCACGACUCGCACUCCAGCUCCUGGGCAGCAUCAAAAAGUUCCCAUGAUGCCCCAGGCACCAGCAGACCGCCUCCUGCAGCUGACGCUCCUCCCCCACUUGGAGCCAGCAGCAGAGGUGAACCUGAGUCCAGGAGCUCCAAAUGGAGCAGGUUUCUGUCUCUGCGGCAUGAGGAUGACGAGGAGGAUGAGGAACCACAGAGAGACACUUACACAGGUACCUCCAGGGGUAGAGCAGGAAGUGAAAAACCACUAGGUUUCCCUUCUGUCUCCAUGGGUCGAUUUGAAGAACACGGCCGUUUCCAAGAGGAAGUCCGUUUAACCAACA